GGAGAACGUUCUGGACAGGAGCGGCAGCCUGCACCUAGGCCCGGGCCUGGCGAGCUCCAGGGAGGGCGCAGGGCAGAGCGGCCUGUGGAGGCGGCGCCGGCCUUGCAGGGCCUUGUAGGCCAUUGUCAGGACUGGCCUUCGACUCUGAGUGGGGUGGGGAGCCCUCGAGGGCAGGCUUGGAGCAGCGGGGUGACAGGAUCUGAGGUGUUUGUUGAAAGGAUAAUUCCGACUGCUGUGCAGAGUCUAGACGUGGGGGACCUCACUGGAGUCUCUCCAUCGGCGUCUCUUUCCCCCUAGAUCGUGUGCCUCACGCAGGCACGGCGCCCUCACACGAGACGCUGACGGACAGUCGUGUUUUCAGUGACUAAAGGCAGGCCUUUUGUCACGGUGUGAUAGGAACAGCGGAGGGAAGGGCAGCACCAUGUGAUGUCACCCCAAGCACGGCCCUUCUCGCUGGCCGCGGGCCGGCUCUGGGUUCUGUCAGUAACAGUGGCCCGGUGCUCAGGGUGCAGGAAGCGGCCGACCAGAAAGCUUCUGUGUCUUCACCGUGAGACUCUGUGCUCUGGAAAGGAGCCAGGGUCUGUGGAAGUGGAUGCUGUGCAGCUGAGGAUGGUGUGGAGCAGUACGAGGAGCCCCAGGGACGAGGCAGUGCCCCGCUCGGAAGACGGCCUCAGCUCCUGCCUGUCCUGCCCGGCGCAGCCUCCUCUGGGUCCGAGGAGGAAACACGCGGAAGCCGGCACAGCUAGAGACACAGCCCCUCAGGAAAGCCUUCCAGCUCAGCUGGGUGACCGGUGAGCUGAGAGUCAGGCCCCAGGUCCGCCCAGCCGAGCACGUCCAGGGGUUGGUUUCCGAUCUGCUUCCAUAGAAAGAUCCCAAAAUGGGUUUCUGUUCCUGGAUGGUUUGCUUCAAGAGGUGAUUUUCUAUGGGAAAAGCCAAAGAACAGGCAGCUGUCUGCCUUCUGCCUUCAAGGAAGGUCUCGUGGGGACGGGCUCCAGGGAGGCAGUGUGGUGAGGCGGGCAGGGGAGCCCGUCCAGAGAGACAGUGGACCAAGCCGGAGUGGGUUCUGACCCUGGGAAGUUUCAGUUUCAUCACGCGUGAGAUACAGACGACAUGUAGUCACAGUGCUGUAAGCGAUUGUCAUGAGCAUCACAGCUAGCAGUUAUUGAGCACUGUGUCCCGGGUCCUCAGUGAAGUCCCGUAUGUGGAUUGAUUUAGCUUCUACAGGAGUCUCCUAAGAUAGGUCGGCCGCACCAAGGCUACCCAGCCAGUAGGUGGGGUGGGGAGUAACCCAGCAGGCUGACUCAGCCCUCUUGGGAGGAGUAAUCGAAGUCCCGUGAGAUGACGUACAGAGAGGCUCAACACAGGCGCGCUCGGAGAGACGAAGGCUGCUGGGCGUGCCUGUGUCCCGCGCGCUGUGCUGCCCUGCGUCUGUGCCAGGGGCCCCGCUGUGGAUCAUUCUGGUCACGUGCUGAAAGUGUGCGGGGCCUCAGUCUCUUUGUUGCCGGUGAAACUUGAUCUGCUUUGCCCACAGCCGCCAGCCAGCCUAGGCCGCUUCCACUUUCACCUGGAGCUUCUAAAGGUGUCCUCUCCCUCCCCGCGCACUUCAGCCCCUACCGCAGCGGCUCCCUGGGCCGCGAUGAGCCGGCCGACGCCUACGCUCAGCUGGAGCUCCGCACCCUGGAGCAGUCCCUCCUGGCCACCUGUGUGGGGAGCAUCUCGGAGCUGAGUGACCUGGUCUCCCGUGCUAUGCACCACAUGCAGGGACGCCACCCGCUGUGUCCUGGCUCCAGCCCCGCCCGCCAGGCCCGCCAGCCGCCCCAGCCCAUCACCUGGUCCCCCGACGCCCUCCACACGCUCUACUAUUUCCUGCGGUGUCCACAGAUGGAGUCCAUGGAGAACCCCAACCUGGACCCCCCGAGGAUGGCCCUCAACAAUGAACGGCCCUUCCUGCUGCUGCCGCCUCUGAUGGAGUGGAUGCGCGUGGCCAUCACCUACGCAGAGCACCGCCGCAGCCUCACCGUGGACAGCGGCGACAUCCGGCAGGCGGCCCGGCUGCUGCUGCCCGGCCUGGACUGUGAGCCCCGGCAGCUCAAGCCUGAGUGCUGUUCCAGUUCCUUCCGGAGGCUGGAUGCCCGAGCGGCUGCUGAGAGAUUCCACCAGGACCUGGGCUUCCGCAUGCUCAGCUGCGGCAGGACGGACCUCAUCAACCAGGCGAUCGAGGCCCUGGGCCCGGACGGGGUUAACACCAUGGAUGACCAGGGUAUGACGCCGCUGAUGUACGCCUGUGCUGCUGGGGACGAAGCGAUGGUCCAGAUGUUGAUUGAUGCUGGAGCAAACCUGGACAUCCAGGUUCCCAGCAGCUCUCCCAGGCAUCCCUCCAUUCACCCCGACAGCCGGCACUGGACGCCGCUGACGUUUGCUGUGCUGCAUGGACACAUCUCUGUAGUCCAGUUGCUGCUGGACGCUGGUGCCCACGUGGAGGGCUCGGCGGUGAACGGCGGCGAGGACAGCUACGCGGAGACGCCCCUGCAGCUGGCCUCUGCAGCUGGGAACUAUGAGCUGGUCAGCUUGUUGCUGAGCCGAGGCGCUGACCCCCUUCUCAGCAUGCUCGAAGCCAACGGCAUGGCCUCCUCCCUCCACGAGGAUAUGAACUGCUUCAGCCACUCGGCUGCCCACGGCCACAGGAACGUCCUGAGGAAGCUCCUGACGCAGCCGCAGCAGGCCAAAGCAGAUGUGCUGUCCCUGGAGGAGAUCCUGGCCGAGGGCGUGGAGGAGGGCGGCACGACCAGCCAGGGCAGCGGCAGCGAGGGGCCCGUGCGCCUGAGCCGGCCCCGCACGAAGGCCCUGCAGGAAGCCAUGUACCACAGCGCGGAGCACGGCUACGUGGACAUCACCAUGGAGCUGAGGACGCUGGGUGUCCCCUGGAAGCUGCACGUGUGGAUCGAGUCUCUGAGGACCUCCUUCUCCCAGUCACGGUACUCGGUGGUGCAGAGCCUCCUACGGGACUUCAGCUCCAUCAAAGAGGAGGAGUACAACGAGGAGCUGGUGACCGAGGGCUUGCAGCUCAUGUUCGACAUCCUCAAGACCAGCAAAAAUGACUCAGUCAUCCAGCAGCUGGCUGCCAUCUUCACACACUGCUACGGCAGCACGCCCAUCCCCAGCAUUCCCGAGAUCCGGAAGACCCUGCCGGCCAGACUCGACCCACACUUUUUGAACAACAAGGAGAUGUCAGACGUGACCUUCCUGGUGGAAGGCAAGCUGUUCUAUGCGCACAAAGUCCUGCUGGUGACAGCUUCCAACAGGUUCAAGACGCUGAUGACGAAUAAAUCGGAACACGACGGCGACAACAGCAAAACCAUCGAGAUCAGCGACAUGAAGUACCACAUCUUCCAGCUCAUGAUGCAGUACCUGUACUAUGGAGGGACGGAGUCCAUGGACAUCCCCACGGCCGACGUCCUGGAGCUGCUGUCAGCUGCCAGCUUGUUCCAGCUGGACGCCCUGCAGAGGCACUGCGAGAUCCUGUGCUCCCAGAUGCUCAGCGUGGAGAGUGCUGUGAACACCUACAAGUACGCUAAGAUCCACAAUGCCCCUGAGCUGGCCCUGUUCUGCGAGGGCUUCUUCCUGAAGCAUAUGAAGGCCCUGCUUGAGCAGGACGCCUUCCGGCAGCUCAUCUACGGCCGGAGCAGCAAGGUGCAGGGCCUGGACCCACUGCAGGACCUGCAGAGCACGCUGGCCGAGCGCGUGCACUCCGUCUACAUCACCUCCCGGGUGUGAGGGGCACAGCUGGUCGGCACACCCAGCCUCCUAUCUCCUGGCAGCCAGGGACCAGAAAGGCUGGGAGCAAGUGUAGCCGGGUGUCGGGCCCAGCGCAUACCCAGGGCCUGUCAACGUGCCAGGGCCUGGCUGGGUGGGGGCUGGGUGUGGGCUCUCUUGGAGCCAGGCUCACAAGACUCAGUUUCCCCUCUUCCCUCAGACGUCCCCUCUGGUAUCCAUCUGUCCUUGGGCAGGCAGACAUGCCCUGAGCCCACCUGUCACUGGGCAGCCCCACCCUCAACCCCUCUGCCCCAGAGCUAACCCGUGAUGGGCAACAGGCAGAUGUGGCCAAAAGGUGGCCCCUCCCUCCACCCCCGUUUGCACCUUGAGGGCUGCCCUGUGCUCACCCUCAGGUGCCCCUGCCCGACUCCUGGAGGGCAGCAGCUGAUCCCAGCUCACCUCUGCUGUGAACAGCUUCUGCCCAUGCCCUCCAGGCUCUCCCCGAGAGCUCAGACUGUCUCGCCUGGGGCUCUCGGGGUGUGGGCAUCCUUAUGAACGUAAGAAUGUGCUCCGAGCCCCCGGCCGUGGCAGCCAAAAGCGGGCACUCUUCCCCUGUCCUGUCAGAGGCUGCCCACAUCCCUGGCUGUGCCCUUCAAAGGCUUUUCAGGGCUGGGGGCGCCUGCACCAGGUCACUUUGCAGUCUUUGGUGGCUGGCCCACAGAGGCCUCCUUGGUCAGUGGUAGGGGCAGUUCCCCAGCUGAUGCCUCCAGAGCUUCGGAUCUGAGCUAGUGGGUGCGGCGUGGGGUAUAGAAGAGGAGCCUGGUGGCCUCAGCUUUUGUUUUGCUGCUGUUUUUAGGGGCCAGUGGAAAGGAGUCGAUUCUGAAGCCCCAGGCCUCGAUUCGGCUGCCUCAGGGGGCUCAGGAAGCAGAGCUCUAAAUGUCCCCCAGUUGAGUCCCACAGGUGGACUGGAGAGGGGGCCCAGCCGUGUCCGUGGGAGCGGCAGGUCUGGGGCAUCUCCAGGCCAGGGCCUUGGUGGAAGGAGAGGGCCGGGGCAGAGGACCUUCUGCUACCUCCCCUCCCCUGCUGGCCCUGACCGUGGGCUCCGGGGUGUCCUGGGACGCAGACAGCGUCAGGCCUGGACACUCACUGUAUUUAUGGACCAGACACUGGGGGAGCGUUCGGACAGCUUGCUCUGGGGGUGGUCGUCUUCAGCUGUCUGGACACCUUAGAAACUAUUUAUUCACCAAAAGCUCCAGGCACUUCAGGAGGUGUCAUUGGGUCACCUUGUAAAGCCCGGGGGCUUGCAGUCCUGGAAAAUAUUUUCUACUAGCUGCUUGGGCAGGAUGUACAAAGGGACAGGCGUUAUUUUAUUGCUGUAAUAUUGUAUGAUACUGUAACUAUACAUUAAUGUUGUCACUUACUGUAAAUGUACCAUGGUUUUAUUAACAAUAAACGCUUGUUAACAAUGA